UUUCCAUUCCUAUUUUGCUGGGACCUUUGCCGAGACCAAGUGCCAUGAGUGCCACGCAAGAACCGCAACUCGUGGGCGCCGCCUUGAAGGACGCGCUGAAGAGCCAAGUCGAAUUCUACUUCUCCAAGGCCAACCUCGCGACCGACUCGUACUUGGUGUCGCAGAUGAACGCGCAAAUGUUUGUGCCUAUUGACACGAUCCUUGGCUUUGCCAAGAUCAAGGCCCUCAGCGACGACGCGGCGCUCCUCAUUGACGCCAUCAAGGACUCGCAGAUUGUUGUCUUGAACGAUGAGAAGAACGCGAUCAAGCCCAACAUCAAGUCGGAGCGCAACACGAUCAUCCUGCGUGAGAUCCCGUCGGCGACCGCGCCGGCCGAGGUCGAGGCCAUCUUUGCCGGCUGCGGCGCGGUCACGAGCGUCCGUAGCGACGUUGGCGACACUUGGUUUGUCACGAUGGCCACGGAAGAGGAGGCUGUCAACACGCUCCUUGCGCUCCGCAACAAGACGUUCAACAACGCGCCGAUCAAGGCCCGCCUCAAGUCGGAGAACCUCUUCAAGUCGUUCUUCCCGCAGUCGACGCCGUCGGUGGACGCGGCUGCCUCGCCGGUCACGACGUCGGCGUACUCGGUUGGCAUGUAUGGCAACGCUGGUUACUAUGGCGCGCCCAACAGCUACGGCUACGCUGGCAAGGACGGCCGCCCGCGCAAGGGCCAAGGCAACAACUUCCGCGCGGCCAACGGCGCGCCGGCGCGCACGCCGUCCAAGGACGGCAAGAAGGGCUCGACCCCGAGCGCCAAGAAGGCCAAGGACACCAAGAAGGCUGCGACGCCGGCCACGACGCCCAAGAAGGAGUCGUCGGCCAAGCCCAAGUCGGAGCGCCAGCCGAUCUUGAACGCGGUCAACUUCCCGCCGCUCCCGACCAACGUUGGCGGCGCUGCCAUCACGCAGGCGUACUCGCACGAAGACAUUAUGGAGAUUGUCAAGAACAUGGACGAGACCGACUGCGUGCUUCCGGCCGGCAAGAUGGAUUUCGAAGCCCACGCCGCCGCGCUCACGCCGGACGCCCACCCGGACCUCCUCCGCAACCAGCGCACGUACUCGAUCGAGCAGGCGCGCGAGGCGCUCCGCCAGGGCCGCCCGAUCCGGUCCGACUCGGUCGGCUCGGUCGACUACGAGUCGAUGAUGUACGGCGAAGAGUACACCAAGGUGGCGCGCGAGCUCCGCCAGCAGGCCCAGGAGAAGGCCGUCGAGGAGGGCAAGCCGAUCGUGGCGGCGGUCGCCGAGAAGCCCGCGAGCGGGUACGCGGCUGCCUUGAUCAACGGUGCGGCGGCGGCCGCUGCCAAGAAGGAAGAGGCCCCGAAGAAGAAGGAGGUCGAGUCGCCCAAGAAGGCGGCGCCGGUCAAGAAGGCGGCGCCGGCCGUCGUCGUCGAGGCGAAGAAGGAAGUGAAGGAAGUGCCCGUCGUUGCGCCCACGGGGGCCUGGGGUGCGCGCUCGUUCUUGGACAUUGUGAAGGAGCCCAAGAAGGCCGACACCGAGGAAUAAAGCAAUUUAGGAUCAGACUGCAUAUAGCGUAUGUACAUAUAUUUCAACGUGUCUCAUCGCACCGACCACGCGCCAAUGGACGAGACAACAUGCAACUUGGUCGCCGUCGCGAUUCUCACUAAUAAAGCUGCAUAGCUCCUUUGCACGGAG